CUCAGUAGUUUUGCAUACCGAAACUCUUUUCGUGUCAUCCUCAAUGUAUAUAAUGAGCAUUGCUAUCGUAUAUAUCUUCUUGUGACAACACGGAUUUCAUCAAAUAUAUAUUUAAUAUUGCUCCCAUGAGUCGCUACUUUUUUACUUCAGGAAGUUACUAACUCUUUUCUUUUAUAGAUGGGUUGGCGAAAAUGUGGCUCGUCAGAAUUUUUUUAAUAUAUUAUAGCAUGUUCAUUUACUCUUAUUAUGACAAUGCAAAUUUUCAAAUUUGGGCUAAAUAAGCUACGGCCAGACAUGUCUUAAUAUUUCAGAAGUUGUGUACAGUCGACCCUUGGAAAUGAGUAAUCCUUUUAAUUAUUCAGUUCAUGAAAAGACAACCCUUACUAUUGACAAACCUCAUCCAAAACAUUCCACUCACCCUUUUCUAACAUUUAAUUAUUCCGAAUCCUUAGAACAACCAAGUUAUAUAUCUAGGUCUUAUUCUGUAUAUUCAGAGGUUCAGUACGUAACCGCUAAACGUGUUUUCUUGGAUGAUUGGAAUAAGCGACAUUUUUGGUUCUAUCAAAAUGUCAUUGAGUUGGGUAAGGAUGAAGGAUCAAUUCCUUCAAAUGUUCUUGGAACCCGUUCUUCGAAAGUCAAUAGUCGUGUUUCCCUGGUCAAGCAAUUUCUGAACAAUUAUCGUUUGCUUCAAAAGCACAUGCGAGAUUAUUUCACUGACUCAGUACCAAGAACCUACAAACUUGGUUUCCUCUUGGAAUUGUAUAAGUGUCCAUGAGGAUCAAGCUCUAAUACACACUAAAAGAGAAGAACAGACUUUUGCAAAUAUUGACAUCGUAAUACAAAACAUUUGAUAUAUUCUCUUUUUUAACGUCCAUUUUUGUUGGUUGUCUUGCAGUUUGGAAAAAUUGUCGUCAAAACUCAAAAAUCCCCUUUAUUUUCACAUUUCCUUUUGGUUUUUUAUGUACAAUAUGAACUCAUUCAUUAGAUACCCAUUUGAAUUUAUCCUGGAUUAUUUUUCAGAAAAAAGUGAGCUUAUUGCUUCUUCUUUAAUUGCUAUGAGCAUUACCUUUCAGAUAUUUGGCAAAGUCUUGGAACGUUCAUUCUACCUAGUUUUACCUUUAUAUGUUAAGGAUUUCUCGGGAACCCAAUUCGUGAAUAUGAGUUUUAGAUAUGAGUUUAUAAUUAAAUAUGUUUUACUGGCAUCUGUAUUUCCGGUGCUCCUUAUGAAUUUCUAUUUUCUGAAAGGUUGCCCUAGUGUAAUGAAUCUUCUACUAAUGGUUGGUAUCAUAAUUGUCAAUGCAUUUUGGGUUAAGGAAACAAUUUCUGGAUUUCUGGAUUCUUUCCUAAAAUUUUGGACUGAAGGACUUUCAUUUCUUUUUUUUAUAUAACUUAUAUGUUGUCUGAAGCAAUUGAAUAUAGUUUGAAAGACAACUUUUCUUCGUCUGAUUUUCAG